GCUUGUGGGAACCUCAAAAGUAGAGCAACCAUGAUGGCAGUUGGACGGAGUACAGAGCCCAAACCGGAAGCGGAAGAAUCACCUCCAUUACCAGAAUCCAAAGAAUGUUUUCGAAAUCUUUUCAAUUGUUUCUAUGCCUUGGGAAUGCAGGCUCCGGAUGGCAGUCUCCCGACUAGGAGCAGCACCUGGCGACGAAUCUACGGAUGCUUUUCGUCUGUGAUGUACGUCUGGCAACUGAUCCUGGUGCCAACAUUCUUCGUAAUCAGCUACAGAUACAUCGAGGGCAUGGAGAUGACCCAGAUUCUGACCUCCAUUCAGGUGGCCAUCGAUGCCGUGAUUCUGCCCGCCAAGAUUGUGGCUCUGGCAUGGAAUCUGUCGCUGUUGCGGAGAGCCGAGUACUACCUGGCCAAGUUGGAUGGGCGGUGCAAGGAUGCAGAGGAGUUCCAUAUGAUUGCGGAGGCGGGAAGGUUUUGCAACCGCCUGGUCUGGUUCUACCAGAUCUGCUAUGCCAUCUACUCCACCUCGACGUUCCUGUGCUCCUUCCUGCUCGGACAGCCGCCGUAUGCGUUGUACCUUCCGGGCCUCGACUGGAGCCGCUCCAAGGUGCAGUUCAACAUCCAGGCCUGGAUCGAGUUCCUCAUCAUGAACUGGACAUGUCUCCAUCAGGCCAGCGACGAUGUCUACGCCGUCAUCUACCUGUAUGUGGUGCGGGUUCAGGUCCAACUCCUGGCGCGGAGAGUGAGGCAACUGGGCAGUGGGGAUCCCCCGGAGAGCUAUCCGGAUGAACGGCGGCAGGAGGAGCACUGCCAGGAGCUGCAGAAGUGCAUCGUGGAUCAUCAGACGGUGCUGAAGCUGCUCGGCUGCAUCUCUCCGGUCAUCUCGAGGACGAUCUUCGUCCAGUUCCUGAUCACCGCCGCCAUCAUGGGCACCACCAUGAUAAACAUCUUCAUUUUCGCCAACACCAACACCAAGAUCUCAUCGAUCAUAUACCUGAUGGCCGUCACCCUGCAGACGGCUCCCUGCUGCUACCAGGCCACCUCCCUGAUGCUGGACAACGAGCACCUGGCCCUGGCCAUCUGCCAGAGCCGCUGGCUGGGCCAGAGCGCCCGCUUCCGCAAGAUGCUCCUCUUCUACCUCCACCACGCCCAGCAGCCCAUCACGCUCACGGCCAUGAAGCUCUUUCCCAUCAACCUGGCCACCUACUUUAGUAUAGCCAAAUUCUCCUUCUCUCUAUACACUCUCAUUAAAGGAAUGAACUUGGGCGAGAGAUUAACAAAAACAAAUUAA